AUGAAGCAUAGCCCAGGCGAUGCUGUUGCCGGGAACAAAGAUCUUAUGACGGACAUAUUUCUCCGGCUUCCGGCAAAAGACGUGAUCCGAUGUAAGUGUGUGUGCAAAGAAUGGUUAGCUCUCAUUUCCAACCCUCAAUUCGGUUACUCACACACUCUUCGUUUUUGCCGCAAUAACCGUUAUCCACGAGUUCUAUUGCUUCGAAAAAUCAGUGAUGACACGGGCAACAUGAAAGUUUGUGUAGUACCUUUCACGUCCAAUGACCAAAAUACCCUCGUCGAAAAUAAUAUAUGUGAACCCGUUUCUUCCAUCCUUCAAUCUUGCAACGGUCUUCUACUUUGCGACGCUAAUACACCGCCGCAAUCAACAAACCCUAGAACAAAGAAUUUCGAACAACGUUGCAGCUACCGUGUAAUUAACCCUGCCAUUAAUUGUUGCUUCAAUCUAACCUACAAUAGUAUCAAACCUUAUCCGCAUUUCUUGAUGCCAUUUCUUUAUUACGAGCCUCAAGAUUCCCCUUAUUACAAAGUGAUCAUGUUCAGUGAAAUUUCUUGGACUUCUCAAAGAAGUGCAGUUGAGAUUAGUGUUUAUUCAUCAGAGACAGAUUCAUGGACUGAAUAUGGGGUUUUCUGUCAGGGCGUACCUGUUAAGUUUGGUGUUUAUUGCAACGGUUUUGUUCAUUGGUUCAGUCCUCACAAGAUAUUGAUCUAUUUCGAUAUCAAGAAGCUUUGCUUUAACGAAUUGCGAUGGACAUCAUAUGAAUUUUGCAUUAUGAAUGUACAAUAUUUUGGACAAUCCGGAGGGAAUCUGCACUUGGUUGUGGCUAAUCCUAAAAGGGAAUUGGAAUAUCAUAUUUGGGAAUUGGAGAAAGAUUAUUGUGGGUGGAUUUUGAAAUACCAUAUGGAUCUUAAUCGUAUCUGUGAAGGGGUAAAUUUGAAAGUACAGUAUCCUGCUGAUCAAGUUUCUAUGUGUGUUGUCUGCCAAGAAAAUGAAGAAGAGGACUCAGCAAUUUUGUUCCUCAGUGAUUCUAAUGAUGAUGAGAAGAUCAAGAUUGUGUCUUAUAAUUUGAACAAUCAUGGUUCAAGAAUUCUCCAUGAACUAAAUCAAGAGUAUUCGUUCAAGGCAUUGCAGUACUUUGAAACUCUUUCACGUGCUACUAGAUUUGAUCAUGUUUGA